AAUUUUAAUCAUCAUUAAUUAUUAUGCUCGUAAAUUAUUUACGGCCGACCGAAACAUUACUAGGCAUCGGCAACAAUCUCUACUGUUAAUUAAAACGAUUAUCGUUUUGGUCUCUCUUCACUCUCUCUUUCCAUCUCGUUAAUAAUUGUCGAUUAUCAAAAGCAAUUCUUGCCCGUUGAAUAUUAUCGUGUAUAUUGAACACGGCGGGGAGUUAAUAUACAUAAGCUUGUUGUAAUUUAUAUCGUUGCAUAACAUUUUUACCGUUUCAAUUCCUUUCCCUUUACAAAUCUAUUAAAUGAGACCAGUGUUAUUCCAGACUACGACGAAGGCUUUAUAUCGUAGCGUAUUCACGUAUUCGAACAAGCGCGCCAGAAAAAUGCCAAGUCUAUUAACUAAAGAACAGCGAGAAGUACAGCUUCAACCUUUGUUCUCUAAUAAUUGGUCAUUGGUUAAAGAUAGAGAUGCCAUAUACAAGGAAUUUUUGUUCUCUGACUUUAUUCAAGCUUUUGGGUUUAUGUCUCAAGUAGCAUUAAAAAGUGAAAAAAUGAACCACCAUCCUGAAUGGUUUAAUGUGUACAACAAAGUACAAGUUACAUUAUCUACGCAUGAUGUGAGUGGAUUAUCAUUAAAUGAUAUUAAUCUGGCCUUAUUCUUGGACAAAACAGAAAAAAGUAUCAAAGGAUCUUCUUAACUAGUUUUAAAGUUUUAAAUGUAACAAAUUAACAUAAAUAAGAGUAAAAAAUGAAAAAUGAAAAUAAAUGUAUGUUUCAAUUAUGUUACAAAAAAUUUACUUUUCAUUGUUCUUAAUUUAGUACACAAACUUGCCCCAAGAAGUCUCAAUUUCCAAAAUCUAAGGUUUUCAAUAAAAUAUAAAAUUCUGUUUCUUUUAAGUA